AUGGCGACGCCGGGCGGGACGCCGACACCAGAUCUGCCGCCGCUGGGCAUUUGGUCGGGAUUGCCUCUGAUCCCCUGCCCUGAGUGCGGCGAUGCUGUGGAGGAGUACAUUCCGGGUCUCGGAGGAACUAUAACAAAUCCUUCCAGCUGCCGCCGGAACGAGACCGGGGUGCGUGGCGGCUGCUCCUUCUUCAAAACCAAGGAGGAAUACGAAGCGAUCCUAAGGGAUAGAGGCUUGCUUGGCCCUGCAGCCACUCCAGAGCAGGGCCAGGGGACGGGCUACCUCAUACCAGAGCCAGUGGGCAACCCAGAGAUGGUCGCUGCUAUGGAGGAUCUGAAGCAUGAGAUGGUGGCGCAGAAGUUGGCCAUCGCCGAGCUGAAGACAGACAUUCAAGAUUUCAAGGGCAAGUUUGGUGCUGGGGACAAGGUUCAGAAGGUUGCGAAGACUGAUUCGAUCGCGCGUUUGGCAAAAGCUAUUGUGAAGUGGUUCUUCGUGGCUAAUGUAGUUGUCCUGCUCUUCGGCGUAGUGGUCGCCAUGUCUGUCAAGUGA